UCAAUGCAGAGGACACAUUUCACCACACCCACUUGUGUGUGUGUGUGUGUGUGUGAAGAUGAUCAUUGGGACUUUAACUUCAAAUGAAGCCACUGAACAUAUUCCGAUCGUUUGAUGUGUUCCUUUGCUUUAAGUGUACGUCGCUGCUCUGUUUCGAUUUUUUCGCGAUUGUCUUCCGCACUUUAAGUUCUUAUCUGUGCAUCGAUGCAUAAUGCAUCGAUUAUUUCAGGGAUCGCCCUUGCGGCGCGCGUGGGUUACGCAUCCGUUUGUCCCGGCGGACUUGCCGUACAUCGUCCGCUGCCGUUGUUGGGUCGCGGUCGUUUCCUCUUGUCACUCGGCCGGCCGGUCGACCGAGCGGCCUGCGCACGCGCUUCACCCAACUUGAAUGAAUGCGUCAUCGGUGAACGUAGCGAAGCCUCCCUCCGCGCUGGUCGUCAAGUGAAGGAGACCUCAGCGGUUCAGUCUCGUCGUCGUCGUCUCGGUGCACGGUGUUUUAGCGUAGCAUAGUUUAGCUUAGCAUGGUUGAGCCUAGCCUAGCCUAGCUCAGCUCAGUGGCAAACAAAGAGCACCUAGCAAAUGUGAUCGUCGCGCGAGCCAAAAUGUGCACAAGAGCGACAGCAAAAUUCGAGGAGGAACGUUGGGAAGCAAAGGACGACAGCAGCGCCAAUCCAGCUAGCACCGCAGACGUCGCUGACAAAGAUCCCCGUGCUGGCCACCGAGAGACGAGCUCCCUUCCCGCUGGAGGGGGAGGAAAUGAGCUGGAGUCCCCUGGAGGGGGAGGAGAUGAGCUGGAGUCCCUUCGCGUGAAAGAAGAAGAGGAGGAGGAGGAGGAGAAACAGGGGCCUGCUUGCGUUAAGGAGGAAGAGCAGGAGGAGGACGUCACCAAGUGGCCAUCCGCCGGAGUCCCUCUCAAGAGUGAAGAUGAAGACACCGAGGAGAAAGAUCCAGGCGAGGCCAGCAGAGGGGCGGAGCUUCCCGGCGGCAGCGGUGACGGGGAUUCGGCGGCGCCCCGGUCGGACGGCGGCGGCGACGACGACCCUCCGUCACGCUCUCCUCCUCCUCACGCUCGUCGUCAGCACGAGCGCUGGAAAUGCUCCGUGUGCGGCAAAACGUACGCUUCCAAGAGCAGUUUGAAGCAGCACACCAGAAUGCACACUGGAGAGAAACCUUUUGCAUGCUCACUCUGCGGAAAACGAUUCUCCCAGAAGGGGGGCUUGACAAUACACACGCGAACACACACUGGGGAGAAACCUUUUGCCUGCCAGGCCUGCGGUAAACGCUUUUCUGAGAAGGGCAGCUUGAAACUACACGCCCGGACGCACGCGGCAGCCACCUCGUUUUUGUGCUCGGUUUGUGGCGACAGGUUCCCCGGCAAGGAAGAUCUAAAAGUACACACGCGGACACACGCCAAUUGGAAACCCUAUCUUUGCACCGUCUGCGGCAAAAGCUUUGCCGCAAACAAAUACUUGCGAGAACACUCGACAACGCACACGGGCGAGACGCCCUACGCCUGUGCGCUAUGUGGCAAAGGUUUCUUCAAUAAGGGCAAUUUGACCACGCACAGCAGAAUGCAUGCUCGAGAGAGACCUUUUGCCUGCUCCCAUUGUGCGCAGCGCUUCUCUCGAGAGGAAGAUUGGCGCCAGCACGCCAGGACGCACACUGGCGAGAAGCCUUACGCCUGCACCGUUUGUGGGAACCGUUUCCUCAACAAGGGCCAUUUGACAACGCACACCAGAAUCCACGCCGGGGAGAGACCUUUCGCCUGCUCCGAUUGCGGCCAGACCUUUACUCGACGAGACCAUUUGGCGAGCCACGCGCAAACGCACACGCGCUAGCCAGCCAGCCAGCCAGCCAGCCAACGAGGCCUCGGACGGACAUGUCCAUCGACUCUCCAGGCGUCGGGCCUACACUCAAUUGUUGCUUUGGCAAAAGCCGGUCAUUUUUGCACAUUUGAAAACAAAGUCCUUCCUUCCGCAGGUGUGAAAGCACCUUUUCAACCUUUUGGAUCCAUGCGCGGCUGGCUGGCUGGCCGGCUGGCCUUUUAGAAGUUGUCUUGAUUUGGGGGUGGCUCCCGUCCACUUGCCCGUCCUGUCCUGUCCUGGCCUGUCCUGCAGGUUGCGUCCUUUCACCAACUUGCUUUCUUUGGCAGCGCUCUUUAGGCAGAAUUUCACACCCAAGCCAUACAUGUAUUGGAAUGAAAUUGCAUCGUUUCCAUUCGUUCUACAUAAAUGGCAAAUAUAAAGGCAACAUUUGAAUGCAUCUCUUUGAUCUGUAAAUGAUUCAAUUGUGUCACCCAAUAUACGACAUCGUUCGACGCUCUUUUGUGGGUAGAUUUGGCUUUUUGCAGUCAUCUCGCGACACGAAUGAAGUCACGCGAGAUUACGUUCCCCCCCUGGGAACGUCAUCGCAGGUGACGUCUGACGUCAUUUCCUUUCAGCCACGGGUGUGUCCUCGCGAGGUGCUGCAGAUGCCACGCUAGCGACGGGAUGACGACGGAAGAGCCCACGAGCCGCUGCAGUCCUUCUCCAGUGCGGCAGCCCUCGGGACGCCCGCCGCCAGCUACCUCUUUGAUGGUGCGCACCACCUCGAACUCGGCCGAGGUGUUGAAGUUGUAGCCUUCCUUGCGCAGGAGCAGGCGCAGGUAGCGCGACACGUCCCUACCGGCGACGUCCACCCGCAUGAUGGAGUGCGGGAUGGCAAAGCC